UUGGCACUAAUCAUUAAUCCGAAAAGCUCGAAUUGUUAGAAAUACGUAAUCAAUUCACUUCGAACAUGACUCAGUCCAACCAGCCUCACGCCACUUCGAAUAUGACUCGUUUUAAUAUAAACUUUCGUCACAGAACAAAAUGCUGGACCAUUUAGAGAGAGAGAGAGAGAGAGAGAGAGAGAGACCGUGUGUGGGUGGGUGUGUGCCGCCUCGCAAACACCACCUCGCCACUGGCACUGAAGACAAACCCAAAGGAAUGGCUUCUUGUCUUUUGGGAGAGCCUCCGUGGACUCUACCGGUGGUAGAGAAUAAGUGGAAUGACAGAGGCCGCCUCCUCCUGUUCUCACUAGUGUUUAUUCCCCACCCGCACCGCUGCAAAACGACAGAAGCGUGACCUUGAAUUGGACUUGUUAUUGUCGCGUCGCCUGCUGUUAAAAGAAUUUGAGAAAAAGGAAACGAAAAAAGAAAUUCGCCCCCGGCCCAUCCCCUGCCGACCAAAUCGAUGCGGACAAACGCUCCCUUCGCGCUUGUCGCUCGACUGCACGAAUCUCUCGCUCUUUUAUUUCCGCCUUUCCGCUCCUCGCUUCUGUCUGUAUUUCACCGCGACCACGCAAGUUACUACUCCAUACGCACAGUAACACUAUAUCUAAUAAUAUCUAAUAUCUAAAUAGGAGGAGGGUACGUAGAGCGAAUAAUCGGCGAGCGGGCGAGAUGGGGCAGGACGAGUUCUCGCCGUCGACGGUGACGUCGUCGCCGCUGCUUCUGCAGUCGCCGUGGGCGCUGGCGCCGUUCGCGGCGGCGGCGGCGGCGUCGUCCCCGACGCCGUUCCUGGGGUACGGCGGGAGCCCGUGGGCGGCGGCGGCGUCGGGCGACCGCGGGGUGGAGCUGAUCAACCUGCUGCGGCAGUGCGCCUUCGACGUCGACGCCGGCUCAUUGGAGCGCGCGGACGCCUGCCUGGCGCGCAUCGCCGGGCUGCUGUCAUCAUCCUCCUCCUCCUCCGCCUCCUCCGCCUCUCCGACCGGCGGCGGCGGCGGCGGCGGCGGGGGGCAGGCGACCAGGGUCCACCGGCUGGCGACCAUCUUCACGGACGCCCUGGCGCGGCGGCUGCUCCGGCGGCCGCUGCCGGGGGCGUACGAGGCGCUGCUGGCGCCCGCGGCGUCGUCGGACCCGUUGCUGCUGGCGGCGACGCGGCGGCACUUCUUCGACCUCUGCCCGUUCCUGAAGCUGGCGUUCCUGACGUCGAACCAGGCCAUCCUGGAGCAGAUGGAGGGGGAGCGCGUGGUGCACAUCGUCGACCUGGCGGGGCCCGCCGCCGACCCGGCCCAGUGGCUGGCCCUCCUGCGCGCCCUCCGCGCCCGCCCCGAGGGCCCCCCGCACCUCCGCAUCACCGCCGUCCACGACGACCCCGACGCGCUCCACCGCACCUCCGCCCUCCUCUCCAAGGAGGCCGACGCCCACGACAUGUCCUUCCAGUUCCACCCCGUCCUCUCCCGCCUCGACGCCCUCGACUUCGACUCCCUCCGCGUCAAGACCGGCGAGGCCCUCGCCGUCUCCUCCGUCCUCCAGCUCCACUCCCUCCUCCCCCCCGCCGCCGCCGCCGCCGACUCCAACAGCACCGCCGCCCUCGCCCUCCGCCACGCGCACCACCUCAGCCCCGGCUCCUUCGGCGAGCUCCUCGAGCGCGAGCUCUCCCUCGGCCACGGCCACGGCCGAGGCCACCCGUUCAGCCCCAGCCCCGACGCGCACUCCCUCGCCCCCACGCCGCCGCACUCGCCGAGGAGGAUCGAGUCCUUCCUCUCCGGCCUGCUGGCGCUGGCCCCGAAGAUCGUGGUGGUGACGGAGCAGGAGGCCAACCACAACGGCGCCGCCUUCUGCGAGCGCUUCUCGGAGGCGCUGUACUACUACGCCGCCAUGUUCGACUGCCUGGAGACGACGGCCCCGCGCAGCGCCGCCGAGUGGGGCCGCGUCGAGCGGCUGCUGCUCGGGGAGCAGAUCCGCAACAUCGUCGCCUGCGAGGGCGCCGAGCGCCGGGAGCGGCACGAGCGCCUGCAGCGGUGGGCGCAGCGGCUCCGCGACGCCGGCUUCGGCCACGUCCCCCUCAGCUUCGACGCCCUGCUCGAGGCCCGCAAGCUGCUGCAGACCUUCGGCCGCGACGGUUACAAAGUCGACGACUGGAACGGCUGCUUCUUCUUCUGCUGGCACGAGCGCCCCCUCUACUCCGUCUCCGCCUGGCGCUGCAACCGCCUCUCCUCCUGACCCCCCCCCUCCCUACCAAUCCUCUAAUUACUUAAUUACUCAAAAACACUACUAUAUAUACAUAUACAUUUAUAUAUAUAUAUAAAUGUUUGUACAAAUUAAUUAUAAGAUUGCGUUUUAACAUUUUUGUGCAUGGGAGUGGUGAUCCAUCGAGGCUUGCUUGCUUUUCUUUUCCUUUGUAAAUCAUGAUCGAUCACCACAUUUUCAGUUUCCCUUAUUGGUCUGUUUGUU